AUUACGGUGAUUAAAAUACCAUUAGAAGAAAUUGAAUACGUAACAGGAUUGAUAAUUGAUUUGCCAUUUUAUUCAUUAAAAAAUUGGAAUAAACCAAAAAUUCAAUUGCAAAUAAUAACACAGAACAGACCAGAUUCAUUAUCACGAUUAAUUCAUUCAUUAAACGCGUCAUAUUACUUUGGUGAUGAUAAUAUUACAUUAACAAUAAAUAUGGACAGAGGAGCUGAUCCAGUUACAAUAGAAUUUUGCUCGAAAUUUCUAUGGAAUCAUGGCUCAAAAAAUGUUCGUCAUAGAGUAAUCCAAGGAGGUUUACUACCUGCGGUAGUAGAAUCAUAUUAUCCAAAUGAUUAUAAUGAUUAUGGUAUAUUAUUAGAAGAUGAUGUUGAGGUAUCUCCAUUUUAUUAUCUUUGGGUUAAGUAUACUAUUUUAAAAUAUCGGUAUGGUCCUGCUAAAUAUCAAAGAUUAUUUGGUAUAAGUUUAUACGGACAAAGACAGAUGGAGUUGCAUAUGGUUGGUCGUAGACCAUACGAUCCUGAAUCUAUAUUUCAUGGAACAAAAUUUCCUAGUCGCUCCCCUUAUUUGUCUCAAGUACCAUGUAGUUGGGGUGCGGUAUACUUUCCUGAGAUCUGGAAAGAAUUUCAUGAAUAUCUUAUUAGAAGAUUAGACGAUGAAUCAAAUUAUCAUUCACAAGAAAUCAUCGUACCAAAUAGUAGAUCAUCAUUUAAAUGGAAAAAAUCCUGGAAAAAAUAUUUUAUUGAAUUAAUUUAUUUAAGAGGUUAUGUUAUGUUAUAUCCUAAUUAUAAAAACUUCACUAGUUUUUCUACCAAUCAUGCAGAAAUUGGCAUACAUAUUCACCUUAUAAAAGACAAACCUGAACCCGUUACUAUAUUUGGUGUACCUUUAAUGAAAGAUUUUACCUUAUAUGAUGAAUUGCCAAAUAAUCAUUUAACCGAUUUCACUGAAUUACCUGUAACUAAUCUUUGGGGUAAUUUAACUACUUUUAAUGAUUUAAUUAAUCGUGGAAUUAACCUUCAUAACAAUAUUUCUCAAUGUCCU